AUGGGAGACCGUACUCUGUUCAUACCUCCCCAUGUGGGAGAGAAUGUGUUCCCGAAUCUUCCCUUUUUCCACCGACUGCUACGUUAUGCGCAACGCAGGCCUUCCCCCAUUGCGGUUCGGGACCUCAAUGCCGGCGUUGAAAAGACCUACCAUGAUCUGCUGUCGGAUGUUUUAGCUCUUCGCAAGGUCUUGGAAAGUACAAUCAGCCCUGAAGCUCGGCGUGAUUUGCUUGCAGACAAAGAGGUGUAUAUUGGAUUGCUUGCGCCGGGAGGGUAUGAAUAUACCGUCGGCUUCAUCGCGAUUCUCGCGAUCGGGGCAGCAAUCGUACCCAUGGCUGCCACAGUACCACCCGAAGAAGCCUGGUACUUCCUAUCAAAAGCGCGAUGUGUGGCUCUAGUAGCCGGCUCGGCCAGCGAACAAACCGCUCAGUCAACGAUACGCUUUAUGGGAGAAAGCAAGGGCAUUCAUAUCCCCUGUAUAUCCCCAAUCGCAUCUCAUUUUAGCCCAACUCUUGUCCCGGCGGAUGAAAUGGUCAUCUCGUCGGACAAAGUUCCAGAUAUGAAUGGGGCCGCACUGGUAAUUUUCACUUCCGGGACGACAGGGCCUCCCAAGGGUGCUGUCCAACGUCGCAGUUAUAUCUCUGGCAGUGGCGAAGCCGAUGCAGCUCACUACCAAAUUACUGAGAAGGACACAGUGCUCCACCUUCUUCCAGUGCACCAUGCCACUGGCGCGGGCUUGACUUUCCUUCCAUUCCUUGCAGCCGGCGCAUGCAUCGAGUUCCGCAGCGGCAGCUUUGAUGUAGCGUGGACCUGGGAGCGCUGGCGACAAGGAAGCUUGACCUUCUUCUCUGGUGUUCCAACCAUAUAUAUGCGCAUGAUGAGGUACUAUGAAGAGAAUAUUGCCCAUCAGGCACCUGAAGUGCGAGACCAGUAUAUCGCUGGUGCGCGUGAAAUAAGGGUGAUGAUAUGCGGUACCUCCGCACUUCCAGCACCAGUGCAGGAUUUCUGGCACGAACUUCGAGACAAGCCUAUUCUCACUCGGUAUGGUGCGACGGAGUUUGGUGCAGUUAUCAAGAAUGAACUUGAUUUCAAUGGGACGCCGCCCAACAGUGUUGGUCGUGUUGCUGAGGCAGUAUCGCUCAAACUCACCGACGAAGGCCAAGUAUUACUGAAGUCCCCUUAUAUGUUCUCCAAAUACCUCUUCGACGAGAAAGCAACGGCCGACGCACACGACGAAGAGGGAUACUUCAAAACGGGCGAUAUUGCUCGCCGCGAAGGGCAAUACUAUUUCAUCUUGGGCCGUGCCUCAAUCGAUAUCAUCAAGUCGGGAGGGUACAAGAUCUCUGCGUUGGACAUUGAGCGUGAGAUCAUGGGUCUGGAUUAUGUUUCUGAGGUCAUGGUCGUGGGCGUUGAAGAUGAGGAGUUUGGUCAGCGGGUCGCUGCCACCGUUAGCCUCAAAAAGGAUCAGAAGACCACCCGCAAGACUCUUACACUAUCCGAGCUUCGAGAAGAUCUGAGGAGCAAGAUAGCUGGAUAUAAGAUGCCAACUAUACUUCGUGUGGUGCCAGACGAGCUGCCCAAAUCGGCUACAGGAAAGGUGCAGAAGAAGAUCUUGGGACCGCAGUUCUUUCCGCCCAACUAUCAACAGCUGCCAGAAGUGCAGGUCUGGAGCAAAGAGAAGAAAGCGAAACUAUAG